UCCCGACCCCGCCCUGGGGAGCGGGGGCAGUGGGGAGGGGAAAUCAAACAUCCCCCCCCCUCGUGCCCCCCGGUGUUUGCAAACGCUGCAGCCCGGCCCGGGUUUGCAGGAGGCGCAGGAAGGGGCUGGAUGCAGCAGCCGGGGGCGGAGGCAGGAAAAUCCUGCAGCAGCUCCGGGCGGGGCAAUACGAGACGCUGCCCCCCCCCGGGGUCCCUGCUGGGGGGAGAGCCCGGCAUUAACCCCUCCCUGCUGGGACCAGCCCCGGGCCGGAGCCCGCAGUGAUUUGCAAUAAGGAUUUGGCCUCCCCAUUGGGACAGGGUGAGAACCAUUGCUCUGCAUAUCGCUAGAUGGAGAGACUCUAGGAAGACGCGAGGAACAACUCUUAGAGGGGACACAAUCACUGGUUAUCACACGUCUGUUUAUUAAUCAUUUCACCGAGCAGAUAAAGAAAGCCCAAAGCACUGGAACAUAACAGAAGAUGGAAAGAAAGUACAUAAUGUCCAGCAUCAAUACGUUCCCACUCACAUCCCCUUGGGGAACGCUGGAAUGGGCAAGAACGUGUCCAAGCCCCCAGGAAGGCAAAGCGGAGGCGGCAGCUCUGGAGAGGAGAGGACCUGGCUGCCGUAUGUGCCGCCAAGCCCUGGCCCUGGCCAUGGCCUGCUCCAGCUCUUCCCAGCCACCCCGGGGACAGGGACAGGAACAGGAACCAGCGGCGAUGGAGCCAGCUCACGGGCCGGUGACCUUCGAGGAGGUGGCUGUGUAUUUCACCAGGGAAGAGUGGGCUCUGCUGGACCCCGCUCAGAGAGCCCUCUACAGAGCCGUCAUGGAGGAGAACUACGAGAAUGUGACCUCGCUGGGGCUUCCACUUCCCAAACCUGAUGUGAUCUCCCGGCUAGAGAAAGGGGAAGAGCCGUGGGUCCCAGAUCUCCAGGACUCAGAAGAACAAAGGAUCCGGAGACGCACCUGCCCAGCAGGUGGUGGGAUGGGGAGUGAGAACGGGGAGUGGAAGCUUCAGCAGAUGGACGCUGAGCAAGCGGGACCAGACAGGGUGUUAUUGCGAAGAGCCAAAGGGAAUGUGUCCAGACGUCUUGAGCAAGGACAAUCUUGUGAGAGUCGGCACAGGCCAGCAAGGCAGCGGACAAAGCAGCCAGGGGGUAAAUCCGUUAAUUGUCAGGCAACUCACAAAGACCUCAAGGGAACCACAGGCCAGCACGGAGUCCUCGCAGGCGAGAGAAAAAAUCCAUGCACCAAGUAUGGGAAAAACUUCUGUAGAUGCUCGCACCUUAUUAAUCAUGAGAGAAUCCAUACGGCAGAGAGAUCUUAUGAAUGCAGCGAGUGCGGGAAAAGCUUCAAUAAGCGUUCAAACCUGAUUAGACAUCAGAAAAACCACAAGGGAGAGAAACCCUACAAAUGCUGUGAGUGCGGGAAAAGCUUCAAUGAGAGCUCAAUUCUCAUUACGCAUCAGAGAAUCCACACAGGGGAGAGGCCCCAUGAAUGCUCGGAGUGCAGGAAAACCUUCGUGCAGCGCUCAGUGCUUAUGAGACACCAGAGAAUCCACACUGGGGAGAGACCUCAUGAAUGCGGGAGGUGCGGGAAAACCUUUACUCAGCGCUCAGACCUUAAUAGUCAUCAGCGAAUCCACACAGGGGAGAGGCCUUAUGAAUGCGGGGAGUGUGGGAAAACCUUCAUUCAGAGCUCAGACCUUAUUAGUCAUCAGCGAAUCCACACAGGGGAGAGGCCCUAUGAAUGCGGGGAGUGUGGGAAAAGCUUCACUCGGCGCUCACACCUCAUUAGUCACCAGAGAAUCCAUACUGGAGAGCGACCCUAUGAGUGCCACGAAUGCGGGAAAAGCUUCAGUGAGAGCUCAAACCUUAUCAGACACCAAAGAGUCCACAAGGGGGAGCGGCCCUAUGAAUGCUGUGAGUGCGGGAAAAGCUUCACUCAGCGCUCAGCCCUUAUGUCACAUCAGAGAAUCCACACGGGGGAGAGACCCUAUGGAUGCUGUGAGUGCGGGAAAACCUUUGCUCAGCAUUCAGCCCUUGUUACACAUCAGAGAAUCCACACGGGGGAGAGGCCCUAUGGAUGCAGUGAGUGCGGGAAAAGCUUCACUCAUAGCUCAGACCUUAUUAGUCAUCAGAGGAUCCACACAGGAGAGAGACCGUAUGAAUGCUGUGAGUGCGGGAAAAGCUUCUCUCAGCGCUCACACCUUAUUACUCAUCAGGGAAUCCACAGGGGGGAGAGACCCUACGCCUGCUCUGAGUGCGGGAAAACCUUCACGCGGCGUUCAAACCUUAUUACCCAUCAGAAGAUCCACAAGGGAAAUCAUCAACCAAGGUAGAGGGCUUUGCCUUCACCCCCUGCCCUGGUUCUUGUCACGCAGACACAAAGCAGACCAGAAGUCCAAAGUGCAGGCAAUGGGAUAUUUAUUGGGGUUAGUUUCCAGCCUUGUUUCCCAGUGUCCCAUUCCCCCCUCCUCAGCAGGCAUAAUUAUACCGGAAAUGCACACCCACAGUCCGACUUCUUACAACUUAUGGUUAUGUUCCAUUAUGAGGGGCCGUGGGUCUGGGGUCUUCAUCCCACCUCUUUUGUACUCCAUGGGAGGGAUAAGGAGUGAGGUUCUGCUACAGACAAAGACAUUUCUUAGGCCUUCCCCCCAGUCCCCUCCCAACUGGUUGCUUGACCUUGCCUUGAGAUAGGAGUAGAGGCAGUCUUCAAGUGUACCAUGCCCAGUAACACUUUAACUGUUCUUAUCUGCUCCCAUUACACUAACGAACCCAUCUGGCUAGGCAGCAGCAACAUUCACAGUGUCUUUGUCCUUUGUUCACACAUAUUAGUAAGGAUAUAAGUGUAUCAAGAAUCAAACAGGCAAACAAGACCUAAGAUUCUAUCUCAGGCGAAAAUACAGGCCUGAAUCCUACAUUAUCACCAGCACUCCUAAAAAACCAUAAAAACGGUAUAUAGGGCUGGCAAAUGAUUUUUUCUUUCUUUCAUACUUUUCCUGAUUCCAACGUCAAGACCUUUAAGGCUGUUUGCUUCACCGGGGACCCUCUGCUCCCCAUGUGGUUGCCCACUAUUGUCUUUCGCAGCUAGCCCUUCCCAUGGUCCUUUCUGUAAACUCUAUAAUCCUAUAUCAGUCAUGAGAAUGUGCGUCCCUCCUACCAGGAAUGUCCAUCAGCUCAAGGUGUGCGUGAUUUCCACUAGCUAGAUCAAUAUAAAAUCUACCUGGGCCUCACCUCCAGUAGGACUUUCCAUGGAGUUAGGUGACUCGAGUUAGCGACCCUGAUGUAAAAACACAACUAUUCUUGCAGUAAUGACAAAGUGUGUAGCGUGUCCGUUGUUAUCUAGCGCGUUGCCUCGUCACCUGCCUUAACCUCCGUUUCCUGGUCAAAGCCAAGCUGGAGCGUCGCAUUUAUACUCUUCCUCCCACUUCACUGAGUUCACCCUUUGGAACAGAUCGUCUCAUUCCCAGUUGUUCACACAUUGCCCUGGGAGGUGCUGAAGGUGAUUUUUGUACCCUUUUCCUCAUUUAAAAUAUAUUUAAAUAUAACAAAGAGCAGGAACACGGUGGAGAAAAAAAUGUCAUUUCAGCCUCUGUGACCUCCUAAGGCAAUGGGGCGAUGUGCAGGAAUUCCCUCCUGCAGCAUUGCCCCUGCAGUGUCACCUUCUGUCUGAUCCACGUAGAGUUUAUCUUUUUCCCAUUCUGCCUCUCCACCUCCCAAACUGUCCCACGGGGCCGUGUCCUCAGCUCUCUGAGGUGAGUAGAUUUGAAGUCUAGGAAGGAACAUCAUGAUCAUCUUGUCUGACCUCCUGCAUAUGGCAGGGCACAGCACCUCCCUCACCCACUCCUGUACGCAACCUCUGACUGAGCUCCUGAAGUCUCCAAAUCAUGAUUUAAAGAUUUCAAGUGAGAGACUCCACAAUUUACUCUAGUUCAAACAAGCAAGUUACCUGUUCCCCACACUGCAGACGAAGGGAAAUCCCCUCCCCUCUCUACCCCUUUCAGAGAGUCUCUACUAAUCUGAGCUGGGGGAGAAUUUGUUCCCUAUCCCAAAUAUGGCGAUGAGUUAGAUUGUGAGCAUGUGGGAAAAAAUUCUCUAUAGGGAUUAAGAGCCAUCUCCCUCCUAGUGUCCCAUCUCUGGCCACUGGAGAUAUUUGUAACAGCAAUCAUGCAGGGGGGCGUAUGCCACCAUAGGAAAUCUCAUCAUGCUGUCGCCACCAUAAACUUAUCAAGUUAAGCCUUGAAACAAGUCAGUUUUUUUGGCCCCAUUGCCCACCAAGCUGUUCUGGAAUGUAUCUCCUCCGGGAGUUGGAAACCUUCUUGUAAUUUCAAGCCUAAAUUUGUUGAGGGCCAGAUUAUAUCCAUUUGUGCUUGUUCUCACACAGGGCCCAACUUAAAAACCACUUCUCCCUCCCUGGGGUUUUAUGUCUCUGAUUUAUUUAUAGAAAGUAAUCCUAUCUUCAGUUUCCUCUCAUUGGGUAGGUUCUCCAUUCCUCUGAUCAUCCUAAUAGCCCUCCUCUGGGUUUUUGGAAUUGUGUUUUGAUUUCUUUGAUCCUAAAUCAGACUCCCUAGAGCUGUAGAUGAAAGUGUCACCGAGCGGGAAGGGGAAUUUGAAUGGAUCCCAAACACAAUGUGAUCAUUCAGAGUUUAACGCGCAGGUUCUGUGUAUUUACAAAGCCACUUCGGGACUUUUUCCUGCUGAGUUCGGAUUGUUUACAGGUGGAAAUGUGGACUGUUGUUCCCGUUAUGAUGAUUCUAACCCUUAAAUAAAAUAUCUAAUAAUAAUA